CUUCGAUACACUUUGCCCUCCCUACACACCAAUUACCUACGCAACCGAGCUUCCGACACGAUGCCUUCUAAGCCAGACGAUGAGGAUGACUUUGGUCUGAGUUCUGGAGACGAGGCCGAUUUGCUCGCCAUGACCGAUUUCGUCGAAGGCACGAAGCGCAAGGCCGAUGACGAUGGUAUCCCACCUGCGAAGAGAGUAGCUCUGACACUGGAUACCGAUUCGUUUGCUUUAGCAACAACUACGCUCACACAAAACUUUGGUCUCAAGGCAUUUCGGUUGAAGCAGGAGCAAGUCAUCUCAAGAAUCCUGGCGGGCGGCUCUGCCACUGUCAUUUUCCCAACCGGAGGAGGCAAGAGUUUGUGCUACCAAGUGCCCGGUCUGGUGUUCUCAGAGUUGGAUCGGAAACUGGAUACUCGCGGUCCAUCUGAUAGUGGGGUAACGCUGGUGGUUUCUCCCUUGAUUGCGUUGAUGAAGGAUCAAGUUGAUGCUCUCGUCAAACGAGGUAUCAAGGCUGCAACGCUGGAUUCUACCAGAACCAUUGAAGAGUUCCGUCAAACAAGUGAUAUGCUCCGGACUGGCCAGUUGAAGUUACUCUACUGCGCCCCAGAACGCCUCAACAACGAGAGCUUUGUUGAGCGAAUGAAGAAUGUUAGAGGUGGAAUCCGACUCCUUGCAGUCGACGAGGCACAUUGUAUUUCCGAAUGGGGCCAUGCAUUCCGUCCAGAUUACCUCAGUAAGUCAAGGCACAAAGUUGGAAAGUUGAGCUAAUUUGCUACAGAAAUUUCGAGAUUUGCUCAAGAGAUCAAGGCCGAGAGAGUCAUCUGCCUUACUGCGACCGCGACACCUCGAGUAGCCUCAGAUAUAUGCAGAGCUUUUGACAUAGAUGAAGAGCAUGGUCUCUUCCGUACCUCAACUUACCGUCCAAAUCUUCGACUUAUCGCUGAGUCGGGGGCAUCCAAGAAAGAAUUGGCCCCAAAACUUACCAAGUACUUGCGCCAAAAUCCAGGACCUUCGAUCGUCUAUGUUACGUUACAAAAACAAACAGAAGAGCUUGCAACUGAACUACGAAGGCAGUAUUUUAAAGCAAGGGCAUUCCAUGCCGGCUUGGAAACUGCAGUCAAAACUCAGUUGCAAGAAGAAUUCAUGCGCAAUGACGAUUUAGUGAUCGUAGCCACGAUAGCCUUUGGCAUGGGCAUAGAUAAAGCCAACAUCCGAAAUGUGAUACACUACAACAUCCCCAGCAGUUUGGAGUCAUACAGCCAGGAAAUUGGCAGAGCUGGAAGAGAUGGCAAAAUCAGCAAUUGUGUAUUCUUUGUUUGUGGUGAAGAUCUUCACCUACGAGAAAUGUUUGCACGGGGAGAUCUUCCAUCAAAAGAUUCUGUGAGAGGCGUUUUGCAGGACAUUUUUGAUUCUUCAACUGUAAAUCUCAAAAUUGGUGCUGAAUUCCAGCGAAAUCAAAGCCAACAAUCGAGAGAAUUUGAUGUUCGCCCGACAACCUUAUCCAACAUAUAUGCCCAACUCGAACUCACUCAUCAGCUCAUCAGAGCAACGACACCAGUCUAUACCAAAUAUCAGUAUACUGCUACCGGCCGAUAUGAUUCGCAAGCAAGUUCCGACCAAUCAUUGGCUGGUAAAGCAGUGUACUCGUUUGGAAAGAAAGCCGCUAAAUGGUAUCACCUCGACGUAGAUGGUGCAUCUCGAUCUCUUAGAAUUCCCAGGACGGAUAUUGUGAGGAAACUCAAUGACUGGCAACAAGAGCGCAUCAUUGAAUUGAAACCAGGUGGCGUGCAGAAUGUCUAUAGAGUCGCUGACAAACUGCCCAAGACUGCUUCCGAGGUGGAACAAAUCACCGAGGCUAUCUAUAGUCUUAUGGUGAAGCGUGAGGAGGAGGCCUUAGGAAGAUCCGAGGCUGUUUUGUAUCUCGUCACAGAUGAGAAGUGCUUUUCUCGCUCAUUGGCUCAGCACUUUGGAGAUGAUCUACCCGACGGUAAAGAGGAGUGUGGUCAUUGCAACUGGUGCGAGACACAUCAAGGAGUGAUGCCACAGAUACCCCUAGUUGUCAAGUUCGACGGGAAGAGAUUCGGAGCGAUCUUACGGCAGGUGCCCGUCAGAGAUGAUCCGAGACUUUUAGCAAAAAUAGUAAGUAGCUCGUGCACUGCAGCUUCUUUUUUACUCAGCUAGGCGGAUGCAAGCUGUCGCUUCUUGCUUCUUGCUGUUUACUCAAGCCCUUUGUAUUGACAUAUCGCAGGCAUUUGGAAUCACGAGCCCUCGUAUCACAGCACUUAAGCUCGAGAAAGAUCCGAUUUUUGGCUCUAUGGAUGAUCACGAUUUCCCGGUAAGAGUGUUCCCGCCUUCAUCUCCGUUACUGCCUUUCCUUCUUUCAUUUCGCAUGCUAAUACUAUUACAGGGGCUGCUUCGCGCUUUCACCGUAGAAUGCAACAAAGCCAAUAAAUUGUGGUGAAAGCCUUUCCGAUGGGGUAUUUGACGCCUUGAAGCACUCGGAGUUGUGUACAAUAUUUCUGCGCGGUUCGUGUUUUUGUACAUUAUGUAGUUGUACUAUAACCAUCGAUGUCUGGAAAAUCUUUUUGUGAGAUUUCUUACCUCGAACUUGUAAGUUCUAUACCAAAUCUUGUAACGUGUUCAUGUCAUCAAACUAACUAACUACAUCGGAGACUGAAUAGAUUUGUGUCUUUUCAAGUCUGGUCGUUGUUGGGGGCUAGAUGUCUGAUUGGAUGAACGCAAGGAUUAGGUUGCAUGUGUAGGUGCAUUUGAAAAACCUCGCUGAAUCAAGUCUCGUCAAACAAUUUCAGUUUUUGAUUGCUGCGGUGAGUUAUAUGGUUCGGACAUGAUGCUGAAGCUAAAAGCAGAGUUGCUGUUCCACCUCUAUCUUUAUCUCUUACUAAAUCUUAGCCACAACCACGAUAUAU